AUGGUAAAAUUAACAGAAUCAGCAGUUUAUAUUCGAACAAAAUGCUCAAUCGAAAAUGUGAAAAAACUAAAUUUGUGGGGUUGUGGAAUCGAUGACAUUUCAAUUUGCGAAAAAAUGCAAAUGCUCGAAAUUCUUUCGCUUUCAGUAAAUGAUGUCAAAACAUUGAGACCACUGAAAAAUUGCAAAAAUUUGAAAGAAAUUUAUUUGCGAAAAAAUCAAAUCGAAAGUUUUGAUGAGUUGGAAUAUUUGAGAGAUUUGAAGAAUUUGAAAGUUUUGUGGAUUGAUGAAAAUCCAUGUGUAAAAGGAAUUGGAAAUGGAGAAAAUGAUGUGGAAAAUGAGGAGAAAAAACAAGCAGAAUAUCGAAGAAAAGUUGCAAAAAUGUUGCCGCAAUUGGAAAAAUUAGAUGAUAAACGUAAGAUAUUUAGCGAGAAAAAAGUUGUGACGUGGCAAAUCUACAGUAAUUAUUCAAAAAUUCCCAUAUUUUCAGCUAUAACCUCAUCAGAUUUGGCUGAAAAUCCUCUGGAAAAUCUAAUCGAUGAUACAGUUCCUGAAUGUGAUAUGCAUACAUCAAUGUAUUCAACAAGAUCAACAAAAGCAUCACAAAGUGAAGAUUUGAUGACUAGAAGUUUAUAUGGUUGGUUUUUGAUCAAUUUUUCCGUGAUUUCAAAUUAUUUUAGGCUUGGAAAAUAGUGUAAAUUAAUAAUUUUAAUGAAAAAAAAGAUAAAAAAUUCACUGUUUCAGAAUUGUUAUACGUUUUCGGUGAUUUAUUUGCUUUUUGGUCACAAAGUGUUUUCAGUUCAUCCAAAAAUCUUCAAAAAAUUCUAUAAUUCCAAAUAAGUUUUGAGAAUAGUCCGAAUUUCCGAAAAAAAAAUUAUCAAAAAUUCACUGUUUCAGAAUUUUCAUAUAUUUUCCUAGAUAUUUUGUUUUUCGAUGGCUUAAUGGGUUUCGAGAAAAAAUAAUUCUGUCUCAAAAAAAUCAAAGAUUCAUCCGAUUCAGAAAUUCCUCAAAAAGUUCCUUUAAUUUCAAUUUUUCUCAGUUCCCUCAACUUCUAUUCCCACUCGAAUUCUUCCAUCUCAAUUUUUGCAUUUCGGCGACACUUCGGAUGAGGAAAAACCGAAAUCAAUAAAUCGAUCGAUAUCUGUCGAAGUGGCUGGAAUUCCAAUGACUGAGGUAUGUCACGUGGAUUUUGGGACUCACAAUUUAUUAUUAUUAUUAUUCCAGGAAACCCAUACAGUUUAUUUGAAUAAUCCAUCUUCAAAUACUCCAAUUCUUCAAAUGUCUCAAUCAAUGUAUUCUCGACCGUUUUUCGAAGAAGGAGAACCACAAAGUUCGGAAGCCGAUGAUGAAUGGAAUGAUUUUAGUUUUGAAGAAGAUCGACAAUUUCCCCCGCCUCCAUCAAGAAUGCAUCAAAGUAUGUAUUGUGAAAAUCAAGGAGUUGAUCAUUUUGGACCAUUAAUUGGGCAAAAGGGAAGACCGGGAUAUGGAAGAAGUAUUAGUAUGCCGAGAAGACGAACACAACAAUCACAAUCGAGAGGAAGUUCGAUGAGUCCAGCAAGGGUAAGAAAUUUGGGAAUGUGGAUAGGAUUACUGUGAAAUUGGUGAUCCACGUGUCAAAUGUUAUGGGGUGAUUCAGGUCGAAAAAACAAUUUAAAAAAAAACGUUUUUUACAAAAAAAUUCGAUUCAGCAAAUGUCAAAAAACUAUAUUUUUUUCCACACAAAAAUGAGAUAUCUCGCAGCGAAAAUGUUUCAAUGAAAAAAAAAUGUCAAAAAAUAGGAAAAAAAUAUAGUUUUUGGGCAUUUGCUGAAUCGAAUUUUUUUGUAAAAAAACGUUGUUUUUUAGUUUUUUUUUCGACCUGAAUCACCCCAUUACGAAAUUUUGAGGAAUCUGGUACUUUUUUUGAUGCCAAAAAAAUUAUUUUGAAAAUAUUACACGUGGAUUUUCCCGCCAAAGACUUGAAUUUCAAAAAUUGUUACUUCUAACUGGAAAUCCACGUGUUUAAAAUUUUUUAAUUCCAAAUUCUCCGCCGAAAAUCCACGUAUCACCCUCAAAUUUUCAGGAGCACCGUCUUUCAAAAAUCAUGUCAGCAGUUUCAGUUUUACUUGAUGAAUUGGAUGCGGAUAGUCUUCGACAUGUUGUAGAUGAAGCUCAGCGGAGAAUCAAAAAACAACGAUAA